AUGGAAGUUAGUAAAGAAAAAGAGGUUUUCUUCAAUUCUGAUACAAAAUUAUCUAUGGAUUGUGAUAUUUCAAUCAAUAAUAUGAAUAAUUUUACAGUACAUAAUGAAUCUGUACUGGAUUUAUCAUUGACACCAAAUUCCAAUGAAAGUUUUCCUCAGUAUGAUAAAACAAAUUCACAUCUAUCAUAUGGAUUAACAAAUUGUACUACGAUGUAUUCAGAUCUGUCAGACAUAAAAGAUUAUUAUUCGGUUGAAAGAACUUUAGAAACUAUAUCAUCAAAUCAUCAGACUAUUAGUACUGAUAGUAAUGAUAGUGGAGCAUUGAAUUCUGGGAAUUAUAUUCCAAAUAUUCCGACUCCUGAACAAUUAUUAACGUCAAAUGAAGGAACUUCUUACAAUUUACAUGGUCAGAUAAAUUUUGUAAAUUUAUUUCGUCAAACAUGGUAUUACUACCAACAAUAUUUGAUACAACCAAAUUACUCAUUUCAUACAACAUAUCUACCUACAGAUGAUUAUCAGUGUUAUGUACAUAAUAAUCAACCAAUGUUUACUAGUUCUCAAUCACCAAAUUCAUUAAUAUCACAAUACAAUGCUACACAUUAUCACAGUAAUGAUUCUGAAUAUCAAACAAAACCAUCAACACACUCAUUUCCUGACACCACAGAAAAUAAUAUACCUGUAUCAAAUUAUUCCAAACCUGUUAUAAAUACAGAUAAAAAUGAUAGAAUUACUUCGAAUGGUUCUGAAUCCCCAGGAGAUAAACCUCGUCAAUAUCGUAAAGCAAGAGCAUAUUUUCAUCCAAAGCAAAUGAGUUGUUUAGAAUCAUUUUUUCAAAAAAAUCCUUAUUUAUCAACAAGAGAUCGCGAAUAUUUAUCUAGAAAACUGAAUCUUUCAGAAGAUAGGAUUAGAACAUGGUUUCAAAAUAGACGAAUGAGAGAAAAACGCAAACCUGGAAUCAAUUAUGACUUUGAUAAUUCAUCAAUGAAUUCUUUUGAAAAGAUCGAUUAUUCAUGA